AUGAAAGAAGCGAAUAUCCCAUCACCACUUAAGUCAUCUAUCGUAAUUCCAGUUCCGAAGAUAUCAUCUCCUCAAACAAUUGAAAAUGAUCUCCGCCCAAUCUCGCUUUCCUCGUCAAUGGCAAAAGUUAUGGAAGGCUUUACUUGCACUAGGCUAUUAAAGGACUUGGAAGGAAAAAUCGACCCUCGCCAAUAUGCCCGCAAAGGGCACUCAACAACAGAUGCCCUUCUCUACAUGAUGCAAACAAUUCAUGAGGCAUUGGACGGGGGCGAAGCUGGUGCUCGUAUCUUCUUCGCAGACUUCUCAAAAGGUUUUGACCUAAUUGACCACUCUAUUUUAAUACAAGAACUGUAUAAGCUCCAGGUUCACCCUGCCUUGCUGUCCUGGAUCUCAGCCUUUUUAUUCAAUCGUAGGCAGGCGGUUAGAAUUGGUAGUGUCCUUUCUCAAUGGCAAACUCUGAAGGGAGGAAUACCCCAAGGGACUAAACUCGGAGUGGUACUUUUUAUGGUCAUGACAAAUAGCUUACUGGCUAAUUGGCAUCUCCGUACAAAAUUCGUGGAUGAUACUUCAGCCCUCGAGAUUAUUCCUAGGAACUCUAUCAGCCUCCUUAAUUUUGCAGUCUCUGAUAUACAUGAAUUUGCUAAUGAACAUAACAUGAAGCUCAAUCCUAAGAA